AUGGCCUCAAUCUUUGUUGAGCUCCAUGCCAAUGGUAGCUCAAACUCAUUAAUCCUAAGUUUAACUCACUUGAGGUCGAAAGUUCGUCCUGCUCGAAAACUCGAAUAUUAUUAUUACACGUCCGAGAAAACACCCAAUGCCAUCGAGCCACUCAAAGAGAUAAGAGAUGGACACAUUAUGUCCCUCUCUUUAGGCUCGCCUCCUCAAACCAUCCACAACUUACUCUUUAGCACGGGUAGCGAUCUCGUCGCUUUGCAUUGUGGGAGUUCAUCCCAACCUUUUGAAUGCAUCGCUUGCAACGACGAGUACUACAAAAAAUACAAUUAUUCGUUUUUCAAUCCUUCCUUGUCAAACUCGAUAUCAAGCGAGCCUUGCACGAAUCCUCUUUGUGCCAAUAUUCAUGAUACCUCCGACUAUUACGACACUUGCACCGCAGCCGGUUGCAAGUUGAAGGACUUAAUCAACAGCAAGUGCUCUAAACCGUGCCCUUGGUUUUCGUACUCUUAUGUCGAUGGGGCCGUGGCCGGGGUUCUUGCUAAGGACACCAUUGUAAUCAACGCAAACAAUCAACACAAUACGAAUCAAUAUAUUUCUUUCGGUUGUGUUCGAUCUUCAUAUAGAAUGCUGUUGGGUCUCGUAGGGUUCGGGAAAGGCCCGCUCUCACUCCCUUCGCAACUAGGCUUUUCGAAGAAAGGGUUCUCUCAUUGCUUUUUACCUUUCGAAUUCUCGAGCAACCCUAAUGUUUCAACCGCACUAAUUCUAGGCGACCUAGCGACAUCCUCGAAAGAGCAUUUGCAGUUCACUCAAUUGCUCGACAAUCCCAGGUACCCAUAUUUCUACUACAUUGGUCUCGAGAGUGUUACCGUGGGCAACAAGGUAAAUAUACCGGCCCCUGAAAGCUUGAGAGUGUUGAGCUCGUCGGGUAAAGGCGGCGUGAUAAUCGACUCUGCAACCAGCAACACGCAUUUACCCGGACCUCUUUACUCGGAUCUUCUUAAGGCGAUAAAGUCCAUGGUAAAAUACAGUCGGGCCUUAGACAUGGAGGCUAAGACGGCGUUUCACCUAUGUUACCGAGUCCCUAAGAAUAAUGCAACACCCGGCGGUUUUCCCUCGAUCACUUUCCAUUUCUUGAACAAUGUGAGCCUUGAACUACCCCCCGGGAAUCUCUUUUACAAAGUGGCUCCACCAAAAAAAUCGUUGUGGCCCAUGUGUCUAAUAAUGCAGAAAAUGGAUGACGAUGAUGCGGAAGCUUCCGCCGUGUUCGGAAGCUUCCAACAGCAGAACAUCGAAACUGUUUAUGAUCUACAGAAGAAGAGAAUCGGGUUUCAGCCAACUGACUGUGUCUCGUAUGGAAAGCGAUAUGGGCUUCAAAUGGACAUCAACUAG